AUGCAGGAUUCACCCCCUUCGCUAGCCAUGGAUGGCUAUGCCAGUAACGUCCCCGCUUUCCUCACCAAACUGUGGACGCUGGUGGAAGACCCCGACACCAACCAUCUCAUAUGCUGGAGUAUUAACGGCACCAGUUUCCAUGUUUUUGAUCAAGGUCGGUUUGCAAAGGAGGUCCUGCCCAAGUAUUUCAAGCACAACAACAUGGCCAGCUUUGUCCGCCAGCUGAAUAUGUACGGCUUCCGGAAAGUGGUGAACAUAGAGCAAGGAGGCCUCGUCAAACCGGAACGGGACGACACCGAGUUCCAGCACCUCUACUUCCUCCAGGGCCACGAACACCUCUUGGAGCACAUCAAGAGGAAGGUUUCGGUUGUGAAAAGCGAAGAAACCAAGAUGCGCCAGGAAGACCUGAGUCGGUUGCUGUACGAAAUCCAGGUGCUCCGGAGCCAGCAAGAGACGGUCGAGUGCCAAGUGCAGGACAUGAAACAGCAGAAUGAAGUUUUGUGGAGAGAAGUCGUAUGUCUCCGGCAGAGUCAUUUGCAGCACCAGAAAGUGAUCAAUAAGCUGAUUCAGUUUCUGUUUGGCCAGCUCCAAUCUGGCCCCAGCAACGCCGCCGCUGCCACUGCCACUGCUGGGAUAAAGAGAAAGCUACCUCUCAUGCUGGAUGAUGGAAACUCUGCUCCACCAAUGACUAAGUUCAGGAAGCAUUUGUCUCUGGAUCCUCUCCAUGACUCCUACUUCAUUCAAUCUCCAUCUGCAGAACCCGCUUCCUGCUUGAACAGCAGCCCUUCUGUCGCUGGAGGACCCAUCAUCUCGGACGUUACGGAAGCAUCGCAAGCGAAUGCCGCAGUCAUGCAGCCUCCUUCGGAUGAAGAAAGAGCAGACAUGUCUAACUCUUUGGACGGCGCUGAUUUGAACCUGGAAGGCCUCCAGAUCCUGCUCAGGAACCAGCCGUACAACCUGGACAAUCCCAGCACUUUGGACGUCUUCAGCCCCACUAUAUCUGCAAGUGAAUGGAGUAUGAAUGACAUGGAGGCUAACUUAUCCUCGUUUGUGUUUUUGCAUCAAGACGCAGAAGCGCAUUGCGGAUCGGGAGAAGAGUGCAAAUGAGAUGUUCUUCAGAGUGUCGAAUCCU